AUGGGACUUUUCAUACCUACAGAUAAAUUACAUAAUUUAAAGUUAUACAAAUAUCAAUCAGAAGAUCAUUCAUUAAUAUCAAAAUAUGUAUUAAAAAAAUGGUGGAAUUGGUUUGUUUUAAUUUUUCCAACUUCAAUGGCACCAAAUUUAAUUACAUUAUUAGGAUUAUUUUGGAUUAUUGCAAAUUUAUUAGUUGUAUUUUACUAUGAUCCUUACUUAAAUGAGACAUCCCCAAGAUGGUGUUAUUUUUUUUACGCAAUUGGAUUAUUUAUGUAUCAAACAUUUGAUGGAUGUGAUGGAUGUCAUGCAAGAAGAACAGGACAAAGUGGUCCAUUGGGUGAAUUAUUUGAUCAUUCAAUUGAUGCUAUAAAUACUACUUUAGGAGCUAUUGUUUUUGGUAGUGUUAUGAAAAUGGGAUAUGGAGGAUUAUUAAUGUUAUCACAAUUUGCAUCAGUUUGUAAUUUUUAUACAUCAACUUGGGAAGAAUAUCAUACUCAUAAAUUAUUUUUGUCUAAAUUUUCAGGUCCUGUUGAAGGUAUAUUAAUGAUUUGUUCUGUUUAUAUUUUGACUGGUAUAUUUGGACCAGAUAUUUGGAAUAUCGAAUUGUUUGAUUUAAACUUAACUUCAUUUGGUUAUGGAAUUUACCAAAUUAAUAGUUCAUUGAUUUAUGUUGUUUUAGGUUUAGGGUCAUUGUAUUUUAAUAUCAUUUCAGCAAUGAACAAUGUUGCAAAAUAUUAUGAAGACAAAGAUGGCGAAGAUAACAAAAAGACUAACUUUGAAAUUAAAAAUGCUUAUCAAGGUUUAAUACCAUUCUUUGCAUAUUAUGGAUUACUUAUAGUCUAUCUCUGGUUUUACCCAACCAUUGUAACAGACUAUGGUUUCCCACUAAUUUUAUCAAUUGGUUGUACUAUCGCAUUCAGUGUUGGUCGAAUCAUCUUAGCUCAUUUAACAUUACAACAAUUCCCAAUGAUUCAAACUCCAAUGUUUGUACCAUUAGGUCAAUUAAUUUUGAGUAAAAUUUUGAUAAACAUUUACAAAUACAACCAAAACAAAGUAUUAAAUGCUAUAAGUUGGUUAGGUUUUGGGGUAACUUUAGGUAUUCAUGGAAUAUUUGUUGCAGAAAUUAUAACAGAAAUAACUCAAUAUUUAGACAUUUAUGCCUUAUCCAUAAAACAUAAAAAAGUUAAUUAA